AUGGGGCUGAGUAUCAAAUCAGCAAGGGUUUCUAUAUGUGGCCGCGCUGGGCCUAAGUGGAAAGUACUUCUGUCACUUGAAUAUCGACGAAGUCUAUCACACUUUCUGGUGCAUGAGCAUAUUGUCCCUGCUCAGCAUACUAGACAUUGGCCAAGAGGGACAGAGAUUGGACACGAAAACGCUCUCAAGCUUGCCGUCAAGCAGUAUGUUCCAAAGGAUAAUUCGACAUCAAGUCCUGGCGACGUCACCUUCGUUGCCGCUCAUGCCAACGGUUUUCCAAAGGAGUUGUACGAACCGCUGUGGGAUGAUUUGCACGAUGCGCUGGCCAGAAAAGGAAGACGUAUCUCAUCGAUAUGGAUAGCUGACUUGGUCCAUCAAGGGCAAAGUGCCGUUCUCAAUGAAAAGUCGUUGGGAAAUGAUCCUAAUUGGUGGGACGGUGCACGAGAUCUAAUGUACCUGAUCAACCAGAAGCAGGACCUUAUGCCUCAGCCUCUCUUUGGCAUUGGUCAUAGCAUGGGUGCAUCCCAACUAGCGGCACUUUCGUUGCUACAUCCCGGGCUCUUGCGUGGAUUGAUAUUGAUAGAUCCGGUCAUACAAACCGAGAACCCCAGUAAGAUCUAUGCUCCAGCUUCGACAUAUCGGCGUGAUAGUUGGUCGUCAAGGGAGGAUGCGGUCGAGCGCUUCUCCAAGAGCAAAUUCUACCAGGCUUGGGAUCCUCGAGUACUUUCUCAAUGGAACCAAUAUGGCCUCAGGGAACUUUAUCCAGAGGGGGCGAAUCAAAGUCAUCCACCAGUGACCUUGAAAACACCAGUUUCUCAAGAGGUUUUCUCUUACCUAAGGCCCAAGUACUAUGGAAGUCCUGGUUCAUCGCCGGAGAAAGAUCGCUUGAUGUAUGGGGACAUGCAUCCUGAGGAUAUAGAGCCAGAUUACGAUUUCUAUCGACCUGAACCAGCUGAAUUAUUUCGCAAGCUUCCAGAAUUGAGGCCACCUGUGCAUUAUAUAUUUGGUAAGAACUCCGAGUUGGCAACACCUCUUUUGAGACAGAAGAAACUAGAGACUACGGGCACUGGAGUGGGAGGAAAUGGUGGGUGGAAGGAAGGUCAAGUCCAUGAAACAGUUCUCGACUGUGGUCAUUUGGUCCCUAUGGAGAGAACAACAGAAAGCGCAAACGUUGCUGCUUUCUUUACCGCGACAGAGCUUGACAGGUGGGAGGAGUUCACUAAAGAAUGGCAGUUGCGCUGGCGUUCUAAAUCGCGACGAGAUAGAGUUGGUAUAGAUGAAGAAUGGAAGGCAAAGAUAGGGCCAAGGCCGUCGAGGACGAAAUGA